AGUAAUGUGUUCACAGCAAGACAAGCAGGCAGUAUUGGCAACACAACCCAGGUUCAGCGUCCGUACGUAUUACGCGAGUAGGCUACCACAAAAAAAGUUAAUGUAGACUUUGUAAUUGAUUUGGGCUUAAAUACUGAUGCUUUUUUUAUAUAUCUCCUUAAAAGUACCUUUGGUUGUCUGUCGGUUAACCUUGGGUUACUUUGGUUACGUAACAACAGUAACAUAGCUGCCAACUCUCAAGUCUAGCAUCACCACUUGCCAACCAUGCCUAGCUAGCAUUAAGCUGUGACCGGUUUUUUAACCAGUAUUUUUCGAUAUGAUCCAUCAUAUUUAUGUUCGAUACAAAACGAGAUAUUGAUAUUAUGGCACAGCCCCCUUUAGUUUGCCCCUGGCUUAUUGGCCUAAAUAUAAAUCUGACCUGAAUUUUACAGGCCCGAAGAUAAAGAAGGACAAAGACUUGUAUCCCCUAGUGUAAUCUGGCUGUUGACAGCUUCUGAAUCAAGACAUUAUUUGUCUCCAUCUAUCCUUCCAGGCAGUCCCAAUGGACGUAUUGUCUGUUCCAGAGGAGAGGGGGAGAGGCUGGUACCUCUCACUCAUGGCACCAAAUACAAAGGGAAGUAACUUUGCCUGGCUGGACCCAUCCAGACUUUACUGCAAUCACCAGGCUUUUUCAGACUGUGUGAAGGAGCUUCUCCAGCCAUUCCAGAAUGAGUCCGUUGACCUGGUGGCUGGCAUUGAUGCCAUGGGAUUCAUCCUAGGAUCAGCUGUGGCCACUACACUGAGUAAGGGCUUCUUGGCCAUCCGUAAAGCAGGACACCUGUGCGUGCCGACGGAGAGCCAGCCGUUCAGUGACUACUCUGGCAGAGAGAAGCUAAUGGAGGUGCGAAACGACGUGCUAAGACCAGGUCUGCGUGUGCUCCUGGUGGACCAGUGGAUAGAAACAGGAGGCACCAUGCGGGCGGCCAUCUCCCUGGUGGAGAAGCUGGGAGCCACUGUCGUAGGUGUAGCAGCAGUUGCCAUAGAGAACAGCGAGGGGGGGCGGUGGAUCAAAGAGAGGUACAGGUACUCUCACUGCAUCCCAGAGGCCCUGCAAGCUCAGAUAGACAGGCAGCACCUGGACUCCUUCCACAGCUUCGGCAACUGAACCCGGGCCACUCUGGUGCAGGCCUGCCUCCUCUCCAUGAACCUGCGUUUGUCGGAAUAAAGCGAGCCUUUCCGAGCCUGUGCAGUGAAGAGGUGCUGGAGAGGCCAAGGUGGCACUACAGAACAAAACAUUCACCUCACGUGUACAGAACUGAUGCGGUUUGAAAGAAAUAAGAAAUGACUAGGACUAGUGUAUAUGCAAUUCCGCCAUUUGUUCUGGUGUAGAUCUUUGUAAUAGACAGCAAGCCUGAUUUGUCUUGAAGAGAGCAAUUGUUUCCUUAAAUGAUCUCCUUUUUUUACCAAUUUAUUUCACUGUAAAAUCGAAAUCUAAUCUAAACCAAUGUGCCUAUACGGUUUCUAUUCAGUGUUUUUUUGGUGGAAGGGGGUUAACAUAACACUUAACAUAUUAAGAAAAAUGGCAUACAAGAAUAAUUGAUUGUUUUACCAUUAACACAGAAAUUGUAGUUCUGGAUUUUCUUUUUAUGUGCCGAAUUACAUUGAGUUCCAAUAAACGUUACCUAAAAUAUUCAACUACAGUUCUUCUAUUCAAUUAAUUUUGUAUAGCCUUUUUACAGAGAACUAUCACAA